CUUGAAGGCGUUAGUAUGAUAGUGGACAAGGAAGGUCUGUCCAACUAUGGGCAAGUUUUGUCUACAGCAUGUGAAAUUGUUGCAAUAUGUUACAAUAAUUUCUACGUUGAAAAUUUCGAAACUAUUAUUUCAAACUAUUUAUAUACAUGGUCCUUGUUGCGUUUCCUGUAAACUUACGAAUGCCCGUGAUAAAAUACAUUAUAUACAACCAUAUGUUGAAUGUAGUGUUUUUCUAACGAGUCAGCGACUAUGAUGUUUACCAACAUUUCCAGUUCUUUGAACGAUCAAACCCAAGACCGCAUCCGUGCUUUUCUAAACCCGCUAAUUGUCGAGAUCAGGAAUCGACUGCCGUCACUUCCUGUGACCAAAGAAACGCUGAAUAACGCCCCAUUCAAUAUUAUACCAAUGCUUAGACACAUUUUAGAAAAGUAUCAAUCAAUAAUUGCAGAGAAGCAGCAACUAACGCCUGCACCACACUCACCAGUUACUCCACAACAACAGCUUGCUUCAGAAGCAUGUAUCGAAAUUAAUAGUGCAUACAAGUUCUGCAAAUAAUGGAAAGAAACCGGAGGUACAAUAUUACCAGGUUACAGGUUUGUAACUGAGAUCAAAAAGAAAAGGGAAUAAUGCAAAGCUUACAGAAGAGCAUUCGUUUUUUCUCGACAACUACAUGGAAAAAUACACCCAGUUUGCAUCUGGAAACUUCAGGAAGAAGCUGCUUGGGAGAAAAAUUGACUUUGAUAAAGUUCAAGCGCAG